AUGCAAUUCACCAUCAUCCUCACAACCCUCUUCUCCCUCACCUCCGCCGCUGCAGUCCAGAAGCGCUACCCUGCUACUCUCGUCGAGCGCCAAUCUGGCGUCUGCGGCGGUCUCGCGACACCUCUCUGCUGCCAGACCGAUGUUCUGGGAGCCGCAAACUUGAACUGCGCCAACGCUGGCGUCGUCGAAACUACCGAGGAGUUCCAGGCUUCGUGCGCUGAAGACGGGACUACUGCGCAGUGCUGCAUUGUGCCUCUUGGUGCCGAUGGACUUCUUUGCACUGCUGCUUAG